GGGCGCUCAUUUCUGCGUCGUCUUCAUCGUCGCUCACAUCUUUCUCUGCAUAUUCCUUCGUACCGUUCUGUUCAUGUGUGUGUGUAUGGGCUGUGUCCUUAUACUUCUCUCUCUAUAUAAUUGAGGCUUGCUUCAUACACACACACAUUCAUACGUUUAAUUUCGAGGAAUUGCAGUUCAUAUUUUCUUCCUUGCUGUUCCCCCUUCUCUGAAUCCCUACCUCUAAUUCCAACCGGUCAUGGCGAGUGGGCUCACGGGCGCUGAUUCCAAUGGGGUUUCAGGUUCUCGCGCCAAUCCUGAGAAGCUCAUUAUCGAUACUGACCCUGGCAUCGAUGAUAGCAUGACAAUCUUGAUGGCGUUUCAAACACCUGAGGUGGAGGUCCUGGGCUUGACAACAACAUUUGGUAAUGUUUCUACCGAAGAUGCCACUCGCAAUUCGUUGCUUUUGUGUGAGAUUGCAGGCUGUCAAAAUGUUCCAGUGGCAGAGGGCAGCCAUGAGCCAUUGAAGGGUGGAAUUCCACGAGUUGCUGACUUUAUUCAUGGCUCUGAUGGACUUGGAAACAUAUCCCUACCCCAUCCAACAGCUAAGAAAAUAGAUAAAAGUGCUUCGGAGUUUUUGGUGGAGAAGGUUUCUGAAUACCCUGGUGAAGUGUCUGUGUUAGCACUUGGACCACUUACAAAUUUAGCCUUGGCCAUCAGAAGAGAUUCUUCUUUUGCUAGAAAGGUGAAGAGAGUGGUUAUACUCGGUGGUGCUUUCUUUGCCUUGGGGAAUGUAAAUCCAGCUGCAGAAGCAAAUAUCUACGGAGACCCAGAAGCAGCAGAUAUUGUGUUUACUUCUGGCGCCAAUAUUGUUGUUGUUGGAAUAAAUAUUACAACCCAAGUGAUAUUAACUGAUGCUGACCUCCUUCAAUUGAAAAGUUCGGGAGGAAAGCAUGCACAACUCAUAAGUGAGAUGUGCAACUUUUACCGGGAUUGGCACGUUAAAUCUGAUGGUGUCUAUGGAAUUUUCCUUCACGACCCUGUCAGUUUCGUAGCACUUGUUCGUCCAGAGCUUUUUACUUACAAGCGAGGGGUAGUGAGGGUAGAGACACAAGGCCUCUGUAUCGGGCAUACGCUAAUGGACCAAGGGUUAAAGAAAUGGAAUUCGACCAAUCCAUGGACGGGGUUUUCCCCUGUUUCGGUUGCUUGGACGGUGGAUGUCGAUGGGGUCAUUAAGCACGUCAAGGAGACAUUAAUGAAACCCUGAAGUUCAGACAUCUUUUCUUCGACAGAUGUCAAUAAUAGGGGCAUAGUUGAGCACCCUCCUCACUUGGAAGUUGGAAAUGUUAUCAAACCGAAUAUUAUCUUUAUUGCACUCAAUUUCAACCUUGACAUAGGCAAUCGAGGGUUCUUUGUCGAUAUCAUUCUCCGAUCCUGGCAGAUCAUGCUUCAAUCUCAUGUAUUGUCGAAAUGUUGCCUCUUCAUACGGCUUUACUUUUACUAGAGUGAGCAGUCAUUCUUUUCCUUUUUAUAAUAUUUAAAUUUCAGUCUCAACGCUUAUUACCUCGCAUUAAUCCUUGACUUUUAGC